UUUCUUUACAUACACAGACAGUUAGGGGUUUACAUCUUGGGCUUGAGUAAUUCUUUCUUUACAUACACAGACAGUUAGGGGUUUACAUCUUGGGCUUGAGUAAUUCUUUCUUUACAUACACAGACAGUUAGGAGUUUACAUCUUGGGCUUGAGUAAUUCUUUCUUUACAUAUACAGACAGCUAGGAGUUUACAUCUUGGGCUUGAGUAAUUCUUUUUUACUUAUACAGACAGCUAAUGAUUUACAUCUUGGGCUUGCUGGCAUCCUAAUGGAACAAAAUGUGAGCACGUAAAGACAACAAUGUUACCAGUUGCCAUAACCUAUACUGAAGACAUUGUUACAAGUUACCAUACCCCAUAACGAAGACAUUGUUAUAAGUUACCAUACCCCAUAACGAAUAUAUUGCUAGAAGUUAUCAUACCUCAUAAUGAAGAUGUUGUUACAAGUUACCAUACCUUAUAAUGAAGAUUUUGUUACAAGUUACCAUACCUUAUAAUGAAGAUGUUGUUACAAGUUACCAUACCUUAUAACGAAGACAUUGUUACAAGUUACCAUACCCCAUAACGAAUAUAUUGCUAGAAGUUAUCAUACCUCAUAAUGAAGAUGUUGUUACAAGUUACCAUACCUUAUAAUGAAGAUGUUGUUACAAGUUACCAUACCUUAUAAUGAAGAUGUUGUUACAAGUUACCAUACCUUAUAAUGAAGAUGUUGUUACAAGUUACCAUACCCCAUAACGAAUAUGUUGUUACAAGUUACCAUACCCCAUAACGAAUAUGUUGUUACAAGUUACCAUACCCCAUAACGAAUAUGUUGUUACAAGUUACCAUACCUCAUAAUGAAGAUGUUGUUACAAGUUACCAUACCUCAUAAGCAUGUUAUCAUUUGUCACAGUUUGGUUUGUGUAGGUUUUAUUAUAACAUUUAGUUACCUACCACAUAUAUUAAACUAAGUUUCCUUUUUCAGAUGGCAUCCAUAUCGGGAUGUAAUUGGCACAAACCUCUUGCUUUAGUCCCCUGCUUGUCUUGGACUACAGCCUCCUGUGUUUUUACCCAGGGUGUGAUGAGUGAUGCUAUCCCAUGGAAUCUUUUAGAGAAUCAGUUUUUUUCAAACAGUUUAUACAGGAAUGAGAUUUGGAAGAUGGUCCAUUCUCCAGAGCAGAACAGUGCCUUUAUUGCUGGCUGUCAUUUUGCUCGUACUUAUCCCGAGAGUGUAAGUGAAGUGAAACUUGUUCCAGCUCAAAACACCCAGAAUACUAGCAUAAAUGGAAUCUCAACAGUAAAUAAUGGCUCAGACAGCAAAACGUGGUACCCCCCAUAAUGGGAUGUAUGUGCUGGUGCUAAAGUAGAGCCUGAAAGGCUGUCAAAACCAAGCCAAGCAUUAAAGGGCCAGACCACUAGGUUGGAGAACAAUAUUAGCUCUCGCACUCUGCUGGAGGCCCAGAUGAAGGCCGAGUAUGAUACAAAGGUGAGACGAAAAUCAUUACGCAUGGAAUCCCUGAACUUCAUGCGAGGGAUUAUGGACGAGUGUACUCAUCUAGGGAAUUUCUCCACUCCAGUGGAUCCUACUUUAGCUAUUGCAGUUGCAGCUACUUUGGAUGCAUACAUUCCUAGAGAUGGAAUCAAGUCCUUGAUCGAACUGUGGCCUGGUGUCGAGGUCCGAUAUAUAAACUGUGGCCAUAUCACUGCAUUUCUCUUCAACCAGAGCGUGUUCAGGAAGGCCAUCACAGAUGCCUUAGAAAAAACUGCCCAGAAGUACUACAGUGGAAGUAUCCUGAUGGAGGCAUCACAUAAAGUGGAGAAAACAUCCAAAGUUUAGCUAAAAAUGGGUGUUUUUUUUUGUUUUCCUGGUUCUGAUAUAGUCUGGGUCAAGGUGAAAUUUUUAGUUGCAGUUUGUAGGCAGUGUUCUUUACACAUGUAGUUGAUUAUUCAACUGAUUAAACAAUGAUACUGCUCCAGUAAUUUUAAGGUGCUGAAUAGUUCAUACAAUUAAAUAAAACAAAUGUGCACGUUAAGUUUAAUGAUUUUUUUAGAUAGUUAUUGUUAUAGCAGCAGUGUGUGAUAAUUUCUGUCUAAAUUUGUUCUUCUACUUAUUACCUGAGAUUGGAUUGGUGUUAGUUAUAAUUGUUAUGUGAUUUCCUUCUUCUCAUAAACAUCAGUUAUUAAUUAAAGGGUGAAUCACGAACAUGGUUUUUACUUGGGAAUGGGAAACCUUAUUAUCCAAAGGAUGAACCAAUAUCUUUCAGUCUAAAUGUGUGACAGUUCCUUAUUCCUUAAUGUAUCACUCUGAACAGACUUGAUCAACAGCUAUCCCAGUUGCCCAGGAGUGCAGGUUUAUAUACGAUAAAACCAAAUAAAGCUGAGUGUAAUUACAGUUUCUUGGCUUGUACCCUAGCUAUGAAGUUUAAAAUGUUUCAGCAAAGGGGGCACUAGUCUCUUUCCGGUGAGGUCAACAAAAAAUAGCAGCUGCAUUCUACAUCUUGUGAGCACAUUUACUGUAGUAUUUUGUGUUAGCUUUAGCCCCCCUACCCACAUCCUUGGGUUCCAGCUACCCGGUGUACCUUAUCAGGCUAGAUAAAGUUGAGUGGAAUUCCAGUUACCCAGUGUACCCUUCCACUGAGUGUGAUUCCAGUUAUCCAGUUUACCCUAUCAGCUGAGUGUGAUUCCAGUUACCCAGUGUACCCUAUCAACUGAGUGGGAUUCCAAUUACCCAGUUUACCCUAUCAGCUGAGUGUGAUUCCAGUUACCUAGUUUACCCUAUCAGCUGAGUGAGAUUACAACAUGGCCAACUGUAAAUAAGAGACUUAUAUGCCCUUUUUAUGUAAAAUAUCUUAAUUAGAAUGUUCUAGAAAUGUUCAAGUUCUUGGUGUAUUUAAGUGAGAUAUAGUUCUGUAUUUAUCAGAUGUCAAACUUUGUUCUUUGCCAUGGCGCCUAAUAUAGAAUGGUAUUCUAGGAUAUUGGACCAAACCAAAUGAUUGUUUUAGCUGUUCUCACGUCCUACCUACAAAACUAGAUUUAUGUAUGUUGCUGUCUGGAUUGUGCAACAAUAUUUAGAAUUAACACUUACAGUUUUGCUUCCUUAUUGCUUUGAUAAUUUUGUUUUGCUGAAUUCAGCUUCAACCAGGAAAAAUUUCUGUUUAACCUUUUUUCCUGCUGGUGUUAAAAUUAAAGAACUAUCCAUAAAGAAAGGGAGAAUUAAUUUACGAUGUAGCGGGUGUUAGGAUAAGUGUGAAAAAGAAGUGCAUUUGUAACGCAAGGUUUAUUUAAAUAUAACACGUCAUAAUAAAA